AUGAACCCCUUCAGACAACAGUUCCGGGCCGAUUCAUCCUGGCACCCGGUUGGCCUUGCUUCCUCACUGCCAGACCUCGACCUGGAUAAGGACGCCUAUCGGAUCGCCCCAAGAUGCAAGGCUUUCCGCAUCCCCACGAAGGCAAAGGCGCCCGAGGCUCCGGUAGAAGCGGACAUUGACCAGCCGGGGGAUCUGAAGGAACAGGUUCUCGUGUUUAAAUAUAAAGGGCAAGUCCACGCCGUUGAUCAUCAAUGCCCGCAUUCGUCAUUCCCUCUCUCUCAGGGCAAUGUCUUCGACAUUGAAGACUUUGGCAUCACUCUCAGUGCUGGGAUUACAUGUCCUAAGCACGGAUGGUCCUUUGAUAUCUUCUCGGGCCAGGCAGAUCGCGGAAACUACAAGCUGAAGAUAUGGGAGGUCCAGCUGCGGGAGCCUCGGAUAUCAUCGACGGAUGGGAUUUCUGAGAGUGAUGACAAGGAGGUUUGGGUCAGGCGAAAGCAACGAAUCGGCUAA